UCAGUUUCAUUAAAUGUAUGUUUUGACACAAUGGUCUGUGGAUUCAUUAAUUUGACAUGUUGUUUGUUUGAUAUAUUAUGUCUAAGAUUAAGAAAUAUCAGUAGGAAAAAAAAUUUGUCUUCCAUAUCAAUGAAAAAUUGCUAUAAAAUGCAUAUUGUUGUUUUACAAAUUUUGGAAAAUAUAAAUUCUUUUUUUAUGGGAUCUGUAACAAUUGUGUUUCUGCUUAUUCUUUUGGUCAUCUGCAGUGGAAUUUUUCAAUUAACUGAGAAAUCGUCAACAAUAAAUGCAGAUAAAAUUAUAUUACUUUAUUAUGUUGCCUUUAUAAUUUUUCAAGCAUACGUGUACUGUUGGUUUGGAACUGAACUUGAAGAAAAGGUUAAAAACUUGGCUAUCACUGCUUAUGAAAUUGAUUGGUCCUGUGCAUCUGUAACAGAAGUAAAAAAUUUGUCUUUUAUGAUAUUAAUUGCUCAAAGAGGAUCCAACGUUUCUUAUAAAGGACUUUGUACUCUCAGUCAUGAAACAUUUGGUUUGAUAAUGAAGUCAUCAUAUGCAGCACUCAAUUUAUUAAAGAAUUAUUCGUAAAUUAAAAAAAAAUAUAUUUUUCGUCUAUUUUAACUGUAUCUCUUAAAUAAUGUAAUAUUAUUUAUUUCAUAUAUACAAACAAAUCGUUUGUAAAUUUAUUGGACUGAAGAUAAAAAAUUCGUUUGUAUAAUAUUAAAAUUAUUAUUUUUAUUAAAUAGAACGUCUUAUAUAAAACUUUUGUUGUAUUGUGUUUCAAUUUGGAAAACGUUGGAGCAAUUGACAACAGAUAUGAAACUUUCAUUCUCUUAUUUUUCCAAUCCAGUAGUUGCCUUUUUCGAGCAUGAAUUAUUUAACUCGUAACAUGUAGAUUUUUACGGGUUUUUAUACAGCCUCUACAAUCCAAAACGAAUGAUCUAAAUUCUAAUUCUAAAUACAAUAAAUUGUCUUUUUUUUAUAAGUAUUAAAUGUUUAUUUAUUAAUUAAUAAAUUAAAAAAAUAUUUAUUUCAUGAAAAGUACAGAAAAAUCAACAAGUCGGAAGUUUAGAAUUUUGACUCAUGAUUGAACUUUAUGAUAGUAAUAGCACUAAAAGAUUUUAAACAUUAUUUACACACAAGUUCACCUUUGUCAGAGCGAUAUUUUGAAAUUGUUUAAAAUCACAAAAAUACAAGAGAAUUAUAGCAUUGCUGGAAGUAAGAAAAUUAUACGCUCCAAUAUGUCUCAAGGAAAAUCGAAGUAGAAAUUAUAGUUUAAACAACAUAAAUACAACUUUGAGUACGAAUCUAAAAUUAAAAAUAAAUUACGUUAUUGUUUAUUUUUAACAAUUUUGCAAAAGUAUUAAAUUUUAAAAAAAAUAAAUGUCAUAUUUUGUGUAACGUUAGGAAUUUUAAACUUAUAUUAUUGUAAAAUAUUUUAAUCAAUAAGGACGUAAGAAAAGGAGCAGGUGCUUCAAGAACAUCUUUAGAAAAUUGGCAGUUGUGCACUUUAUUGAUUGUAAAAUGUAAAUGACUUAGUACUGUAGUACAAAGACCCUCGAUAGAUUGUUUAUUCAAUAAAUUUCAAGAACUGACUUUACAUUUCGUGUGUCGAUGAUGUUAGCUUUCUUCUAUCAUUCCUUAUUUGAUCAUGGAUGUUCUGCCUGAAAAUUUUAGAACCUUAUGGUUGUGUGGUUUAUGGCACGAACACAAAAAAUUUUCUUUAACAUUUUUCAUCUAUAAAAUAUUAAUUUUAUGUUUGAUUUGUCAUAUCUCAUUAGGUCAACUUUUGUUUGUAUUUGUAACAAGUAAAAGUGUUAAGGAAUUAACAACUGGUUUAGUAUUCACUGUAAAAUUCAUUGAAUUAUGUGUUAAAUUAAUAAACUUUUUAUUUAAAAAGAAAGAAAUGGAAAAAUUAUUGACUAUUUUUCGUGAAGAUAUCUGUCAAGGAAUAUUACGAGAGGAAAUAUUUAUUUUAAAUAAAUAUAGAAUAAAAAAUCGUCAAUUCUUCUGGAUAUUUUUAAUUGUCUCGGAAAGCAUGACCACCAUAUAUAUGAUACAAUGUGUUUUAAAUUGGAAUGAAAAUAUGGAAUUACCUUUUCAAAUUUAUGAUCCAUUUAAUUUUACUGACUAUUCGAUGAUGAUACUUUUCUAUAUUACAGAAGUGAUAGAGUGUUCAUAUUCUGUUUGUUUAAAUGUAUGUUUUGACACAAUGGUUUAUGGAUUUAUAAAUUUAACUUGUGGUUUGUAUGAAUUACUUUGUUUUCGAAUAAAAAGAUGUGACAAGAAAAACUCGAAAUUGCCAUUGUCAGUAAAGGAAUGUGUACAGCUACACAUCACUAUUCUUCAGAUUUUAAACAACGUUAAAACAUUUUUUAUGGGUGCAAUUACAAUUAUGUUUGUAUUUACACUAUCUGUCAUCUGUAGUGGGAUUUUUGUCGUAACUGAGGUUAUUUUAAAAAUUUACUUUACAUUUAAAUACAGCUUAUCUUAA